AUGAUUCCAGUCUUCAGCGUGGCGGGGCAGAGGACCGGCAUAGUAACACGUGCGCGGUUCUCUCCCGCCCCGGCGGAUCACAGGGCUAUAUCUAUCGAGACUGAGGGGUCGAUCACGCUGAUAGACCUUCCGAGCUUGAAGUAUGCCACGAGUAAUUGGUAUUCGGUAAAGUUCGGUCCGUUUGCGCAGGCAGCUUACACACCGCUGGACUUCGCCUUCAGCUCCGACGGACGCGUGGCGUUUGUGGCGGAUUCCGGCGGUAAUGUGUCGCUGGACGCCGUAAACGACAUAGGGAAUCACUUGUCUAAGGUGCAUAAGCACCUCAUCUCCAUCGAACACGCCCAUGAUGGAGGUGUCUUUGCCAUUGUGCCAUCUCCCGCCUACGAAUUCCUACUCUACACAGGAGGAGGUGAUGGGAUGGUACGAAUCUGGGACCUGAGAUACAUGGGAAAUGGGAACCCUAUGUUACAAAUCCCCCAAGGGGGGCCGAUCCCGCAAGAGGUACAUCCGGCCUCGCAGAAGCCAGUGCAUGAAAUGUGGGCCCACAAAAAUGCAGUGUCGGCAAUCUGCUUCCCAGAAAAAAGCCUCAUGUUGACUGCUGGCAUUGAUGAGAACAUAAGGUUGUGGGACAACACGCAAAAAACUGUUAUCGCCACCAUCAGGAGCUACGGGACCGCCCUGGGCAUAUGGGAUAUCGCAUACAACCGGCCACUGGACAGAGCAGUGGUGGUAGGGCAGUCCACGGACGUGUGGGCGUUCUACACUAAAGACUUUUGGGGGACCAGCGAACCGGAUCAGCAUGACAUGGUAAAGAUCGACUUCGAAGACGACGACAUCAGCACCGUCGGCGCCUUCGACAGGUGGCGCAGACCGUGUACUCACGGUACAAACGUCAUCAUACCAACCCUCAACAACAGAAACGGUGCCAAAAUAUUGUUUGUUGACGCUAAAACGGGCAAAGAGUCACGGAGGAUCACCACGGAUCUCGUCGACCGGGUACACACAGUAGACAUGCAUCCAAAUGUGUAUUCCGGGCUCAUGUUGACAGGAGCUGCCAAAAAAGGAUGCGCCGUUACUACAGUGUGGAUGGAGGGCGAGCCGGAAUGUGCCAAAAAAACUGAGACGAGUCUCACGGCACCGACGUGA